AUGUCUGCUGCGUUCGCAGGGCUGCGACUAGCCGGUUCAACCUUUGGUCGACAAUGCAUUCCUAAGCAACACCUCUCACAAAGAUGUUUCUCAAACGGCGCGUUUUUCACUAGGAAAUUUCCUAAAUCCCCAACUCUGCUUGCUCGUAGGCAGUUUACCUUUACUUCCAAGAAUCCGAUCCUUGAGACGGCGGGCGCAGGUACGAAGGUGGCUGAGUCGCCAUUGGGUGGGCUUGCAGAUGGAUUUGCGGCGGGAAAGCAGGCGCUCAAGGACGCCGCCCAUGUGAAAAGACGCUCUUUCUUCCCGGAGACGAGCAGUAAGGCAGUUGGUUACUGGCUCAUUGGAUCUGCGGGUUUGGUUUUUGGUAUUGUGGUUCUUGGCGGUUUGACUCGUCUUACUGAGUCCGGUCUUUCAAUUACAGAAUGGAAGCCGGUCACCGGUACUCUUCCCCCACUGACAGCGGCGGACUGGGAAGAAAAUUUCUCGAAAUACCGCAAUUCGCCCGAGUACCGCAUCUUAAAUCCCAACAUGACCCUUGAUGAAUACAAGUUCAUCUAUUAUAUGGAAUGGUCGCACCGCCUCCUCGGCCGUUUCAUCGGCCUCUCCUUCGUCCUCCCUGGUCUCUACUUCGUUGCCCGCCGCCGCGUCUCCGCACGCAUGGCAGCGCGCAUCGCCGGAAUCUCAGCUCUCAUCGGCUUCCAAGGUUUCAUUGGCUGGUGGAUGGUUAAGAGCGGUAUCCAAGACGACCUCUUCCAGAAACCUGGCUCCCACCCACGCGUCAGUCAGUACCGUCUCACCGCACACUUGGGCGCCGCAUUCGCUGUAUAUGCUGCCAUGCUCUGGAACGGCCUCUCCGUCCUCCGUGAAAACCGCCUCCUGAACCCAGACCCCAAGGCCGCACUCGCCGAAUACAAAGCCCUCGCAAACCCCAACCUGCGCAUAUUCCGCGGCAGCGUCGCCGUCGUCAUGGCCAUGGUCUUCCUUACCGCCAUGUCCGGCGGUCUUGUCGCCGGCCUCGACGCAGGACUCAUCUACAACGAGUUCCCUAGGAUGGGAACCGGCCUCAUGCCGCCAACCAAAGAGAUGUUCGACCCCUUCUACUCCCACACCUCGGACAAGUCCGACCUCUGGUGGCGCAACAUGCUUGAGAACCCCACCACCGUGCAGUUUGACCACCGUGUUCUCGCCACCACCACCUUCUCGCUGAUCGUUGCGCUCUUCGCCUACAGCCGCUACAACCCCAAGGUUGCGGCGGCGCUGACAAAGCGCGCAAAGGUCGGCACUAUGGGAGUGCUCCAUCUGGCGAUCCUGCAGGUGCUGCUGGGCAUCACGACGCUUAUAUAUGUGGUGCCGACGCACUUGGCGGCCACGCAUCAGGCGGGUAGCUUGGCGCUGCUGACGGGGACGAUUGUGCUUGGGAGUCGGGUGUGGCUGCCGAGAUAUGCGGCGAGGGUGGCGAGUAAGAGGCUUGAGAUGUUGAGUGCUGGUGCGAAGGGGUUGAAGCUCCCGGUUAAGCCGAAUGUUGUUAAGGCGGAGGGGUUGUAG